CUGUGUUGUUCAUAUGCCUUUCUUCAAAAUGAGAAUUAUGUAUGAGUUUUCAAAAUUUAGUUGAGACAAUAGUCCUAUAAGUUUAAAACGGUUGGUUCUGAGAAUUUUUGGGACAGCAAAGAAAGUAUUGAAAAACAAUGAUGUCGUCAAUUUCAUGGGUACCCAAAGGAGUAUCAAAACCAGUUGUCCUCAUAACCGAAGCCAUGAUGGAGCUCCUCACGGAAAUUUAUGGAGAUGAUCCAUAUCUCAAAAAUCACAAUGAUUAUUCUUAUGAGGAACUUUGCGUUCCCAUUAAUCCAACGGAUUCUCUCAUUGUUUGUGCACGGGUAAAGGAACAAGGUCGUGAUAGUUUUGGUGUUUUUGAGGUUUGGAUACUUAUCGAUGAAGAAAAAUAUUUGUAUUUUCACCAUGACAUCCGAAUUUCAGCAUUGCCGCUUUGCUCAGCUUGGCUUGAUUAUCCCCUUGAAGGAGGAGAGAGAGGGAACUUCUUAGCUGUUGGUUCGAUUGAACCUAAUAUUCAAAUUUUUAACGUUGACGUUGUAAGUGAAUUUAGGGAUGGAAAGGGAACGCCAUGUAUGGUGUUGGGUAGCACUGAAGAUGAUGGCCACAGUGACUCAGUACUUGGUCUUGCAUGGAACAAAGAGUACAGGAAUAUAAUUGCAAGUGCCAGUGCUGACACGAAAGUGAAGAUUUGGGAUAUGGUCAGUGGGAAGUGUGAAAGUACGAUGACGGAUCACACAGACAAGGUUCAAGCUGUUGCUUGGAAUCCCCAUUCACCACGGUCUCUUCUUACUGGUUCCUUUGAUGGUACUGUUUUUUUGAAGGACGGGAGGAUCACAUCACAUGAUGGUUGUAAGUGGGAACUCAAUGCUAAAGUAGAGAGCUUGGCAUGGGAUCCACACUCUGAGCACUCUUUUGUGGUGAGUCUUGAAAAUGGUACUGUUAAAUUGAUUGAUGUUCGGACUGCCAAGUCAGAUUCCGGAUCUGAGUUCAAUGCUAAUGAACAUGGCAAAGCUGUUACAUCAGUAUCCUACAAUCUGGCAAUUCCUAAUCUUCUCGCUACGGGAUCGUUGGACAACAAGGUAAAGCUUUGGGAUUUGUCAAACAACCAACCUUCUUGUGUGGCCUCUUAUUCUCCAAAAGUAUGGCCUGUCUGUUCUAUUUCAUUCUCGGAAGAGAACCCUUUUUUGUUGGCUAUAGGAGGCUCAAAGGGAAUAAAAAUACCAAUAAUUGAAAGAACAACUACUUUGGAGGUAUGGGACACUCAAUCGUAUUCUGGAAUUUCUGAAAAAUAUGGGAACUACAUGAAGUAAUUAAACUAUGGAUCAAAUACUCAUUGAAUGCUGAAUGGAAAAGAAAGAUCAAACGAAAAGAAAAAAAAAAGAGAAAUUUUAAGGAACCCUUAUCAUUUGUAUGGCUCAGAACCCUC